UGGAUAUUUGAGGGGGAAGCGUCAAGAUGGAGUUCUUCAUUGGGAACCCGUACAGUACUCCUGUAGGACAGUGUAUAGAACGAGCCACAGAUGGAUCCCUACAGACAGAAGACUGGACUCUGAAUAUGGAAAUCUGUGAUAUUAUUAAUGAGACUGAAGAAGGGCCAAAGGAUGCAAUCAGGGCUCUCAAAAAAAGGCUGAGUGGAAACAAAAACUACCGGGAAGUGAUGCUUGCUUUAACGAUUUUGGAGACAUGUGUUAAGAACUGCGGUCAUCGUUUCCACGUCCUUGUAGCCAACCGUGACUUUGUUGAUGGCGUAUUGGUAAAAAUUGUCUUGCCCAAGAAUAAUCCACCAGCUAUUGUACAGGAUAAAGUCCUUGGAUUGAUUCAGGCUUGGGCUGAUGCUUUCAGGAGUAGUCCAGAUCUGACUGGAGUAGUUCAUAUUUAUGAAGAGUUGAAGAGAAAAGGGAUGGAGUUCCCAAUGGCAGACCUGGAUGCACUGUCUCCAAUACACACACCAGGGAGAUGUAUUCCUGAGGUGGAUCCUGCAAUGAACAAACCAAUGCCUCAGUCCCUGCAGAAAAACACAAACAGCUUGCCACCUGCACCGUCCAUGCUAACUGCCUAUUCAGUCCCUCAAGGCCUUCCAACUGGACCAAUCACUGCGAACAUUGAACAGCUUGCCAGGUUGCGCACCGAGCUGGAUGUUGUCCGUGGGAAUGCAAAAGUGAUGUCUGAAAUGUUGACUGAGACGGUCCCUGGGCAGGAAAAUCAAUCAGAUUUUGAAUUGAUGCAGGAACUAAACCGUACAUGCCGAGCAAUGCAGCAACGAGUUGUAGAACUUCUCUCCAAUGUAACCAAUGAAGAGAUCACAGAGGAACUUCUACAUGUAAAUGAUGACCUUAAUAAUGUAUUUCUUCGGUAUGAGAGUUUUGAACAAUGCAGAUCAGGACGUGGAAGCCAGGAUGCAGAAGGUGGUGUAUUGAAUGAAGUUACGGACACAGAUAAUCUAAUAGACUUGGGCCCAGGAUCCCCUGCAGUUGUGAGCCCAAUGGUUGGAAAUAUGACUGCUCCCAGUCUGUCCUCUCAGCUCGCUGGGCUAGACCUGGGUGCUGAUAGUGUUAGUGGUACCCUGAGCUCAUUGACCAACUGCAAUCCAGAUGCUCAAGAUUCGGCUAACUUUGAUAUGUUUGCACAGACCAGAAGUAAUUCUCUGGCUGAUCAGCGCAAAAAUGUAACAUAUGAGGACUUGCAGUCAAUUGGAGGUUUGGCAACUGCCAUUGAUGUUCGACAAAAUAAUGCAGCAGUGCUGAACACUAGAGCUGAUGAUCCAGACAUUGAGCCAAUAGACAAGUGGCUCAUGACACAAGGAAUGAUUCCUGUUGCACAGUCUCUUAUGGACGACGUUGAAGAAUGGCUCAGCACUGAUGUGAGAGGAGAUGAUGCAGAAGAAGGAGUAACAAGUGAAGAAUUUGAUAAAUUUUUGGAAGACAGAGCAAAAGCAGCAGAGAGAGUCCCAAAUCUGCCUUCCCCUCCCUCCAGCAACUCCACUCCUCCACCAGUGCCUGCUGAAAAUGUUAAGAAACUGAACCGUUCCAAGGAUACUCUCUUUGCUUUAUAACUGACAUGCGUGUAUUUUUUGGGUGUAUGUAUGUGCGUGCGGUUUACCUGUUAUUGGGCAGGGUGCUGCUGUAUCAGUUUGCUAAGGCUUCUCAAUACGUGGCUGGUGAUGCACUUGAGUUUUGUACAUUUCCUUUUAUUUCCCAGCCCCACCCCACCCCGCCAAGUAAUUCAUAAACUUCCUCCUUGGUGUGUGCUAUUCAGUUUAAAACUUGAGUUUUUAACCACUGGCUUUUGCCAUUCUCCACAUAAUAAUGCAUUAUACACAUAUAUAGCUGGACUUGUAACAUGUCCCUGCAGUUCAUAAUUAAGGAAUGGUUUAGACUCACUACCUCCUAAAACAAUACUAGCCCAAAGGACCCUACUUUCUGGUUAACCUGUAUCUUGACAAAGGGAAUUAAAACAAUUGUCCAUUUUGGCAUUAUUACAAAGUGUUCAUUCUUAAAAUGAUAACAUUUCAGCAAGUGUGCUUUUUAAACAAAAAAAAAAUUUCCAGAUAAACUAGUUUCUUUGAACCAGAGUUCAGUUCUGUUGAGACAUAGCACCUUAUACAAUGCAAUAGGCAUCAUAUAAAUUUUCUGUAUUAUGAGAAAUUAGCAAGUUUAUUCUAAACUAUAUUUUAUUGCUGAACUAUAUUAAUUGUUUUGCAUUAUAUGUGUAACACUAAAAUGCAAUGUGUUUCAGCUAGAACUGCAUUGGAAAUGUGCACUAAAUCUAGGAUGAACCCUGGUGUAGCCAAGAGAAGAUACUGAUUGUUGCACAAGCAUCUGGUUGUGUGUGCUUUAUAUGAAGCUAAGCGGUUAACAUGACUAUUUCUGAAGUGUAGGCUUGUUUUAUUUUAGUUAUAUCCUAAUAUAUUGGUGUGUGAGAACAUUUGUCCUACCUAGGAGCAGUGUUUUUCCUGGAACCUCUGUUGAAACAACUCAUCAAUAAUUAAGAAACAUGUCUGUGAAACAGGAUAAUCAUUUACACAAUGAGGCUUCACUGAGAUAUAGUCCCACCUCCUUAAAGUCAGGCCUAUGUGAAUCCUGAUAUUUGUUUCAGGUUUGUUGGUAGGGGAGGAGACAAAUUGCAGGUCUUGUACCACUUUCACCUUCAAGUUUGGGUUGUAUGCAAGUACCAUUUUCACCUUCAAGUUUGGGUUGUAUGCAAGUAAGGGAGGCCAUCUAUUCUAUCCAGCUCAUUCUUCCGUUGAAACCUAGAACCCUACUGCCACAGCAUCUAACUGUCUCUUGAAUGAUGAUUUCAGAGUUUUGUCCUCCAUUUCCCUAUCUGAAAGAUUAUUUCAAAUAUUAAUCCAGCUAACUGAUUCCUGAACCUACAUUUACCAUCUUGUAUCCCUGUCUCUUUGUCCUAAAGUUGUGCUCCAGAUUUGCCUUCUCUAUUUUCUGUAAGAACCCUUCUCAUUUGCAAUUUUACAAGGAUGGAGAGUCUGAGUACUAGAAUCGAUUUUUUUUUUUGAAGUUCAGUGCUUUAGCUCUUCCAGCUGUACAUUUAUCCCUUGAUGCAGAUGGAAGAUUGGAGCAUUCAUUACGUCAUCUUGCUAUUGAUGCUGGCCCGUUUCAGCUUUUCAGUUUGUAUCGCAGUAAAGGUACCUGUGUGCAGCUAAAAGCUGGUGAUUAGAUAUUCAUAUUAUCAGUAGUGUUUCAGUAAAAGUUAAAGAUGGGUAUGAAUUUUUUCUGAUCUUCCCCUUGGAACUGUGAAAAAACACCGUGCAAUUAGAAAUUUUAUCCUUCUCAAACAUAGGUUGCCUCUACUGAAUUUUUUGAACUGUAAAGCAAAAGGGUGAAAUAAUUUUCAUUAAUAAUGGAAUGAAGUAAAAGUUCUACAUUAGUGUAUUGGCUGAUUUUCACCCACCACUCCCACAGUGUAUUGGUAGGAGUGCCCUAAAUAAAGUCAGCUGACAACACUGGAUGCUCCCAUUAGUGGUUGAGACCUACAGACAUCUAGGCCCUAAGCUCUGGAAUUCUCUUCCUAAGCCUAUCCCUCUACCCUCCUAUACGAACCUCUUUGAAACUUGUCAAAUUAUAUUCACCUGACCUGAUGUGUCAUCCUUUGGCUUAGUGUCAAUUUUUGUCGUCUUAUACUACUCCUAGGUAUGUUUUCCCACAUUGAAGGAGCUAUGAAAAUGCAAGUUGUUUAUUCUAAUGAAUAACACUACCUCUGGCAUUUGAAUGUGUUUUCUGGAAAAAUCCAUUAAAUUUUUAUUCUACAUUCUUUAUCUAAAGUGCUAGAACAUUUUCAAUUUUAGGCCUUUACCCCUUUCCCCUUCUCCUCACCCACUCCCUCCCCCACAAUGCAUCCAGGUUUUAAGUCUAGGAAGUCACUUAACAUAGGUGUUUUUACAUUUAGUGUUUCCAUAGCUCAGAUUGUGGGAGAAUAACGUUCAUGUGGUGAAAUAAUUCAACGGUGCAACUUCACGCACACACCUCCAUGCCAACUGCAUCUGCUAGACCUGUAUUUACAUUAACCUGUUUGUUCACAAUAGAAUACUGACUUGACCCACUCCACUGUCUUAUUCCUUGUCCUGGCGUGUGGGUAAAGAACAGUCCAUAAUUCUUCCCACAAAUGACAUAGUGCUGCAUUUAAUGUGAUUUAAUCAAUUUUUAUCCACAAUUAGGUUUACUAAAUACUUCAUCAAGAUAAUGAGCUGUGGGAACAUUAAAAGCCUAACCUUUACAGUGUUAUAAUUUUGAAAAGUUGACUUCUUCGUGAAACUUUUGACAAGUUAAAAUCCAAAACAAAAAAACAGCCGGUUCUGGACAUCCAAAGUAAAAGCAUUCAGCAGCAGCACUCAGCAGCAGAUCAAACAACAUCUGCUAAGAGAAAGAGUUAACAUUUCUGAUGAAAGGUCAUCAAAAUGUUAUCUUUCUUUCAUUUACAGAUGCAGCCUGCCCUGCUGAAGCAGUCCAGCAUUUUCUAUUUUUAUUUGAACUAUUUUAAAUGUUACAUUUAUUACUUUACACAUUCUGAAGCUCUAACUAUUCUACACUACAAGAGUAUCCCAAACACCAAACAAUACAAAGUAAAACAAAAAUAAUUCAGUCUCAUCUAUUGAGUUUGCACCCUAAUAUAGAGAUGCACAAAUUUGUGCAGUUGUGUGAUGAAAGUGUCUGUCUUGCACUACUAUUAAAUUAUAUGUAUCUGUGUAUGGUUAGGGUUGCCAUCUGUAUGUUAUACAUGGUUAGGUAGUUAGUUGUAUUCUCCUUUUUGUAAUGAAGUAUCAAUUUGUGAAUCUUUCACAGCAUAAUUGCUAAAUUUAAUAAUAAAAAUAAAUACUUUUUUUCCUCUUGAUCAGUGCUCUGACCCAUAAAGAACUGUUGUAAGACUGACGAAAUGUAGUUAUGUCUAAAUCGCUGGUCAUUUUGUUUUCUGUAGCUGAAGUACCAGUGUUUCGGGUACUGGUCUAUUGUUGGACACUAUGGCUGUUAAAUUAGUAUUGUGUUGAGUUUUCAGAUCUAUUUUACCAUAGAAAUACAAACUCUAAGGUGGGAUAUGUGGUUACUUAUAUUAAGCACCUUUUAUAAUCUAUAAGGAAAUAUGUAGAGAAGUUGAGAUUUCUUUACAAAGCUGUUCCCAAUUAAACUGCCAAAGUAACAUUAAUGGGCUUUGUUGGUAGAAGCUGUUUGUUGCUUACCAGACUCAAAAGAUGUACUUUGCUCAGCUUUUUGUACAUUCCAUUUUAAGACAUAUGGCUGAUAUAACUUCUAGAAUAGGGGUCAAAGCUAAUAAAAUAGAAGAAGGAAUCCCCACGGUGAUGUGUGAAUAUCCAGAUCUGUUAAACUGAGACUUCGGACAUGUUUUGAAUAGUGCAGUUUCUUACCUCCCAGCUACAAGUUUGCUCCAUCUCUCAGUUUUGCUGAGGGAUAAUUUAGAAACUUUGUUUCUCCCCCCUUUCCAAGUGAGUGGGAUAGACUAAACUGGCUUGGGAUGGAAAAUCCACUCUCUUGGUUUGUGAAUUAAGUGCUGAAUCACUUGAAGCUGCCCAGGAGCUUGAAAAGAAAUCUAGUUCCUUCCUAUAACAUUACAUCACUAAGGUAAUUGGUGUAGCAAGAAAAAACUGGAAAAACAGCCCUGCAGAUCCAGAUAAGAGUAUUAUACCACCUUGGAGGAAUGUUGUUCAAAUGUGUAUAAAAGGGUUAGCAACUGUUAAUAUGAAUAUUAAUGUACAGUUCAAUGGAUUUAUUGUAAAAAGAUACUUUCAGUAACAGAAAUUCUGAUACUUUGAUAAGUAGACAAUGUGUUGGUAGUAUAAAGUAUGUAUAAUUUGAUAACCUGCCAAACAUGUUAAUGUAACAAAAAUAAAAGAGAUGUGUACAUGCAAUUAGCAGCAAUAGAAUUGAAAUGUAAUAUUUCUUAUUGUCGGGUAGCAUGGUGUGUAAUAAUGACACUUAUAGCAUUAAACUCUUUUUGAUCAACGAUGUUUGGUAACACCUAUCUGAUCAUCUCAAACAGUGUAGUAACUAUUAAUGACCUCAAGCAAAUGCAAUUAACUUUGCCUCCUUGACUAGCCCCUCUAGGUGUUGCCACUUGCAUCAUAGCAGAAAAGUCCUUCUGAUUUGCAAAUCACUUCAAUUAUGUGCUUGUUAAAGGAAUGGUCAAAAGUGUGAGCAUUUUGUAACAGCAAAAUUGUAUUUUUUCAGAUCUUCAUGAGUGUGCAGUGGUGAGUUUUCUAUACCAGCCUUUCAGCUUGGAAAACUAGUUGGAUCUUUUGGAGUUUUCUUUCAUUUUGAUUUGUUGAGACACAUAUAUUUUGAGUUGGUACCCUUUUAUUCAUUAAAUCUAUUGUAAAUUCACAGCUACUGUUAAGAUAUAAGGAUUAUGGAUGCUGCAAAAAAUGAUUGGGUCUCUAUACUAAACAUUGGUAUAAAAAAAGUAUUUUAAAUGUAAUGAACAGAAUGUGGGAUAAACAUUGUAAAUAUGGGACUAAACUGUUCACUUGGGUCUUAUGACUUACUUACAAAACAAACAAACACCAGUAUCAAAAAUUAGUUCUACUGUUCUUUUAUAACCUAACUUGGAAAUGCUGCCCAACAAGAGAAUAUUGUUCUUGAGCUUGGAAUGAAAAAUUUUGUUUCAUACUGGGUAGCAUAUUUUUCUUUCUCUUCUGGAUCUUUGUGGCAGAGGAGCACAGUGGGGCAGAAGGUGGAUACCUAUUCAAAAUAGUCACAAGGCCAUAACACAAUCUUUCAUUACAUGGUUAACCUGCUCCUACCCCGCCACCCAGUAAAAUAAAAACACCACUUGGAUUCUAGGUGAGGCAGGUAGAAAUGUUAGCUGAUAUGGGUAUUUUUUUCCCUUAAUUUGAGGUUAGUUGGGCAGGGCGUUGUUAAGGGAGUUCUAAACUUGAUUGGAUUCAUUGAGAGUAUUUGUUAGUACAGAAUUCCCAGGGAGAAUGGGGUUCUCAGAUGUCUAAAAUCAACACUUUCCCUCCUCCCAACUGUUGCUUUGGAUAUUAUGUCUGAUCAUACUUUUAAUUGAACAAAAUGUUAUCCAACUGCAAACUGUUCUUUUUCAUAUUUUGUAAAACAAUUACUUUUUUUUAAAAUGUGGGGUAACAAAUAUAAAACACUGCAAUAUUUAAUAAAUAAAAAUGUAUAAAUGCACAAUACCUAAAUAUAAAGUUCUGAUAUGUUAUUCCACUUGUUUGGUUAUAUUCAGAAGAGGGUGAGAAGGAGCCAUACACUGCAGUGUAUAAUUACCUCCCCAAUCUCACCUUCCCCCUUCCCCUAUAAGACUACAGUAUUAACUUGACUCACCUCGCCACCUCCUUUCCCUCCCCAGCACAAUGUAUAAAAAUUAUUCUGGUCACAAUUAGAUCAGACAUGACCUUAUGGAAUGGCAGAGCAGGUUUGAGGAGCCAAAUGGUCUACUUGUACUCCUAUUUCUUGUGUUCUUAAGUUCUCCCUGUGGCAUUUAGUGCAUGCUCACUGACUCCAUGUGUAAUCCUGAUUUUUAUGAUGAAGCUUAAAAUUUAUAGAUGGUUUUUACGUGCAGUUUUUCCCUAUUUUAAGAGGAUUGCCUUUUUAAUCAUUCAGAAUGGGAAAUAAACCUGUUCUAGUACAGGGUGUAGAUCUGGAUAAAUCUGAUCCCUUGGUGGUUGACCUGUGCAAGGAUUGUCAAGCUAUCAACAGUUUUUUUUAAAAAUUCAAGAAAAUUAAUUAUCAUUCUCGAGUUUCUACUUAUAGUAGAUUAAAAGGGGAAGAGGAUGAAUUAAAGAAUGAACUUUAUUUUAGGUCCAGGAUCUCGUUUGUUACAAGUAAGAUUCAUGAUUAUAAUUGCAAUUCAAUGGUGGGUUGGUACUGCAGGGGAGUGAUUACUUUGUAAAGGCUUGUUAAACAUAUAACCAACUCAAAAUUAUGCAGCUUAACAGUGUGACCUCUUCAAUUACAUUCAUAUAACACUAUACAUAACCUUGUAGGCUGUAACCUCUGUAUGUUAGUCAGUCAGCACAGGAAUAUAGUUUAAUAUUUAUUUAUGAACGUUUUGGCUUUUUUUGGGAUUUUGAUUCCACAUAAUGAGAAUAUAUUUCAUAUAUAUAUAUAUAUAUAUUUGGCCAUAACCUGGUAUUUCACUAAUUUGUGUUUCUGCACAGACUUGUGAAUUAUGUUACAUUGUGUAAAAAUUGUAUGAAUGCGUGGUUUGUACUGAAUUGUCACUACUGUUUAAAUUCUGUAGUGCUUGAUUCUUGCAUGUAAUGUUAUAAAUAAACACUACUCGUGUGUGUGUGUA